AUGCCCGACUCUCCGCCGGUGUCGCACCCAGCCACGUCGUCGGAUAGCGUGCAUGCCGCGCCCUUGGCGGAAGCAUCCGACUGCCCGUGGGAGCUGACGUCUGCGCAGCUGGAGCAGACGCUGGCCAACGUGGCGCUGCUGCAUCCACCGGACGCGGUCGUCGAAAGGCUCUGGAAGCGCGAGGUCGACGCCGCCAUGCAGCGCGCCACUGAGCGUAAGCUCGUGCUGCGACAACACUUGAAGGACGAGGCUCUGCAUAACCCCCCUGAGGGUGUGUCUAGGGCAAAGCUGGUGAGCAGAAGGGAGGCAAAGGUUACGUGGGAGUUUCGCUUGAUGCAGAUCGAUGAGCUGAAGGAGCAUGUCAAGACGCUGGUCAAGAGGAACGCUUUGCUCUCCGCCGCAAGUGUCAGGAUGAGAGAGAGGAUGAAAGAAUUUGAACGCGGGGGAGGGGAAGGUGUUAAGGCGGCGGGCCCGGGGGAUUAAGUGGAUGUUGCGUAUGUAUAUACUGUAUUAGGAUAUCGGGUGGAGGUGAUGGAGGUGGCGGUCCCGUUUGACUAUACUUGUGUUUUGUUCAGUGUUGCUGUUAUUUGUACAGAGGGGAUGUGGGAAUGUGUAGCAAAUGUAUAGAUCAGUUGUAGUGGUGCUGAUUAUACAAAUAAUCGUCUGGUGCCUCUGCCUCUGUCGGCUUCGGUGCAGCUGUUGAAUUCGUGUGGAUCAACGUGGAGGAAGUCGUCCGUGUUGGAGUCAUAGUGUGAGGUUGCUGACUACUGUGUAUGCACAUGGAGUUGUUUUAAAAGGUUCGGAAGGUGGCA